UUGUUGGUGUUUUGAUGAUAACAUUUGAUAAGGAAGGUAAAUUGUCGCCCUUCAAAAAGUUGCAAAAAUGACUAUUUACAAGUUCACGACGAUCGAGAAGAAGCCCGAAAAGAAAGACGACUUUGCAGACGUAGUCACGGUUCCACUGACUGAUGAGAACAAAGAGGCUGCACCCCAAACGCCUGCAUACAUCUUCGUGCGACCUCGCCGUUCCCGUGCCUGUGCAAAUGUCAUCGUGGUGUUCCUAGCACUGGUUGUCAUGGCAGCUGGGAUCAUUGGAGGUAUCUACCUUUACAGACACCUGGAACACAAGGCUACCUAUGGUGUAUAUGGAGUGAGAUAUUAUGACCAAAGUGAAUUUGAGCUAGAACAGGACGGACAACCCAAGUCAGAAUACCAUCGCAUGAAGGAGCAGAAAAAUCACAAGCAGAAGAAGUAUCGUUACAUGAGCGAGUCAGUAGAAGUGACCAACAACAGACUGGAGAAGAUUGAGGUGCCGGAGUUUGAUGAGUGCGAAAAGGCACUGGUACUGCAUGAUUUUGAAAGUAACUUCACUGCCAUUGUGGACCGAGACAAGCAGCGAUGUUUCGUGAUGCAUCUGAACAGGACCCUAGUGGCGCCCCCUAAGGACUGGAUUGACCUGAUAUGGAAACUGAGGAGUGGGUACUAUGUGCCGGAUGCUGUGAUUGUCCGUCAUAAGUACCGCGUUCGUAUCCCACCCAUGAAGGACCUCAGCGAGCUGGGACCAAACAUUGCAGUGGAGUGCGGCAGCUUGCGCACCUACAAACUAGAGCGGAUCGUCGGCAAUAGACGUGUAUGGAAGCGCAGUGCAGUGGGUACAGCGGGUGUGCACGGAGAAACGCAUUACUAUGGCUUCCUUGGAGGACAGAUGGACAAGGGGGCACACGAACUCAACCUAGCCAAAUUUGAGAUCGUGUUUUAAAGUGGGCGAUGCCUGUAGAUUGAUUGACAGGUGUCUAAAUUCCUGGAAAACACCUGUAAAUGUUGUUCUUUUUGGUUUUUAUCGUUACAUUUUAAAUACUGUGGCAAACACUAUUUUGAAGAAGGCCAAAUGUAAAUGAUGCCUUUUGUAAUUACUUCUUUUUGUUGUUGACAAUAUUGUUUUGUGUUUGUGAUUUCAUUUUAUAAACCUCUAUGAAUAUACCAUUUGCAACAUUUUACCCCUAACACUGAUAUGUUUGUUAUUUUUUAGGAACGUAGAAAAUCACAACAGCUCAGUGCAUUAUUAACUUGCAAUGGAAGUGUUUUGUAUUCAUUUUAAGCUUUGGGAGUGAUGAGGUAGAGAAUAAGAACUACAGUUUUUCUUUUAAGGGAUAAAUAUUUUAUUCUUUCCAUCAUUUUCUACAUGUAUAAUUCCCCCUUUUAUCAGCUACAGAUCCGUACUGCAUGUACGCAGGAACUGAACAUUUUAGUGCACCUCCCUGAAUUGUGAAAGCAUAUUAACGCACAAGUAUACAUUGAGUGUGUGCCACUGAAGAUUGUUUGGUUUCCGAGAGUUACAAAUAGUUAAAUGGGCUUCAUAGUACACGUCGUAUGUGCAGGAAAUUAGGCAUGUGUACACCGAACACAACCAGAUUUUACAAAAGCUGACAUGACGCAAGAACCUUUUUGGAAACAAGCAGUCAGCUGUCGGUCAUAAAUGUAAUGGUUUACGGUGGUAUCAAAAUAAUCUUUUCUUGGAAUGCGUGUAGGAAAUGGGUGCAUCUUAAUCAGAAGUGGCUUAGAAAGCUGUUCUGCUGACAACAAACUUAUACCCACCUGGCACAUGUAUUUCCCUGGCACAUUAUGUUCAGUAGCUUAUGUUAACCUGCAACAUCACCACUGACCAAUCAUUGCAGGAUGUUUAGUCACAUGUCUGUGAGCAAAAGGGGAAUCCCCAGUAAAUAGAAUGCAGCCUGAGAAACUGCAGCUUAUGUUUGAUUGGCUUAGAGACCCUGAUUUACUGGAUAUAGUUGAGAGGGCAUUGCCGUUGUUAACUUGUUUUUGUACAGUCUGAUAUGAAUUGAAGUGGAAUAAUUCAAUGUUUUUGAGUUCUUUUCCCCCCCAAAUUCCAAGGAGUUGAUUGUAACAGUUACAGGCAUUGUAAUGUGGCCUAAUGAACAAGCUGUUUUAAAAUACUGACUGGUUAUGUUGAUUAUGUUAAAGCCUGUGAGGAAGUUAAUCACGCCAGGCUAGCUCUGAACAUUUCAGUCAGAAAUAGCAGUGCUUUCUCUAUUGUUUCUUUUUGCUAUGUUUUAUGGAAAAAUUUAAAUGAUAAGUAAUUCUUAUUAAUCCCUUGUACAUAGCUCAGACAUGAUAAAUGUAUUGUUUGUAACUGUGAUUUGUGUUGUAAUUGUUUACUGUUUUACUGUCAGAUUAGGUUUGGGCUAGGAUAUUUGAACUAUGCUGGCAAGAAAAAGUCGCAGACAUAAGAAAACUGUUGUACUUGUGAUGGCUGCUUGUCAGUCAGAAGUGUGUAAUGAGAUGUUUUUGGCAAUUGAUUUAUCCAAGAGAAUGAAUUUUAUCCUGAAGUUUUAGACAGAUCUACAUGUACGAACUCUAUUCACACAAUUUGAUUUGUAGUUUAAACAUGCAGCGCACAAUCAAAUCUCAUUCGGUAGUGAACAAAGGUGAUUAUCAUUGUGUGCUAGCUGCAUAUAUAAACAAAUUAAGCUUCUUAGUGUAUUGACAUGAGUGAUGUACCUAAGGAUUACGGGAAAGCCUCUUUGGCAGCCAACUCUUCAUUAUACAAAGAAUGAAAGGUGAACGUUGAUUCUAUGAGAAUUAGGUCAUGCAAACUAUUCAGUAGAACGCACUAUGAGAAGUUAUUGUUGUAUGAAAAGGAGGGAAAUUUUGUGAAUGGUGAGGAGAAAGGGUGGACUUUGCCAUUGCUCGUUGCUCAUCAGGUAUAAAGUGUCAUACCAGUGUUUAAAUUUGUAUACUGACAGCUACUUGGAUAGUUUUGUUAGUUUCAAUGUGUCAGGCUAUAUAUACACAGACUACAGUCUUAAGGUUAUUAAAUAGUAAAUCAGAGGUCACUAUACCAAUGUUGUUAUGACAAGUUCAGGGCUACAGGUAAUGUCGUGGUAGAUGUACUUGAUAAUAAUUACCUGAGGGUCAAAAUGGAUGUACAUCACCAAUGUUGUAGUUGUAAUUCAUAAAUUACCAAGAAGUCUUAGUUCUAAUUCAUGGAUUACCUUGAAGCCUGUAGUGGUAAUUCAUGGAUUACCAAGAAGUCUGUAAGUGUAAUUCAUGGAUUACCAAGAAGUCUGCUAGUGUAAUUCAUGGAUUACCAAGAAGUCUGUAAGUGUAAUUCAUGGAUUACCAAGAGGUCUGCUAGUGUAAUUCAUGGAUUACCAAGAAGUCUGUAAGUGUAAUUCAUGGAUUACCAAGAAGUCUGUAAGUGUAAUUCAUGGAUUACCAAGAGGUCUGUAAGUGUAAUUCAUGGAUUACAAAGAGGUCUGUAAGUGUAAUUCAUGGAUUACCUACAAUGCUGAAAUUCAUGGAGUAUCCGAAGUGUUAUAUUGGUAACAAAUGUAAAGAUUCAAGUCACUGUAAUGACAACAUUAGUGUAAUGAUUACCAUCGGUGUCAUAAUGGCAUGACAUCAAUGCUUACGACCAGUUGUACUUGUAGUUCACGGAUUUGUGGACUCAAAAUGAUGGCACAAGUUAUCAGUGUAAUUAUUCCAAUGUUAAUUCAAACUCUCCCAGACCACCCAGGUUGUAUUUGCAAAUGUAAUUGUUUCUUCAUAUGCACAGGGGAUAUCUUUGGUCAUAAUCUCCCCUCUCCCACCUCAGCGUUUAGUGAUAUACAUGAAUGUAUACACAGAUGGUGAUGUGUACUUAAAUUGAUUUUAGCAGCUCUGCCAUGUUUGGAUUCCACAAAUCCUGUGAAGAUAUUGUUUAGUGUUGCAUGUUAAUUGCGUUGUAAGGAUCUGCUUUUGUGCGAAUAAAACCGUCUGGGUUAAAACUA